CCAUUAAUCGCGUCCAAAAACGCGUCAGGUCUCAACACUUCCCUGGGAAUCUGGCCCGUGCAUCCAAUGAAAAAGUGUUGUAUUCGCAGUCUACUGUAAACACUCUCCCAUGUUCUUAUCCAACUUAAUUUCUCCAGACGCCACGGUCUUGACAGAAACAACGGGUCGAUGAUCCCUAUCCAUGGGGAUGACUUCAAUCACUUUUACCACUCCCUUCUCAUCGACGGCUGAUCCAAACAGAACCAUGCGUCCGUCCAGGGAGGAUGUCCCCGAGGUCGGCUGAGUGUUCCAGAUCAAAGUUUUCGUUCUUAAACGCACCUUGGAUUCAUUCCCGUAGUUGCCUCGGACAGGGCGAUGUUGUGGAGGUAUCGGAGCCUCCGUCGCCUUGAAUUAUGAAGUCUGGCACGGUGUGGUCGAAUGAUGAUGAUCCAGAACAGCUGCAUCAGUAAAACUGGCUGACGUCUUGGGUAUGGCAUUACCAAGGAGCCUAAUAACCAUGUAUCCGAUUGGUGGUCCCUCUGAGACCAACACUUCUUUCAUUCCCUCCUUGUCUUCAUCACAAUCAACCACAGCUACCAUGGACACUCUCUCCAACCUCAUUGAAUCCACGGGAGUAGCCCUCAGUAAUGCUGCCACUCUUCUGACAAGCCCGCUUCGGCAGCAGGACCAAGGCCUCGAGUUCAUGAGGAUAGACGAGACUGGGACCGGUUCCACCACAAAAACCACCCUGGACACCGACAGAAGGAAGUCGACGGUAGCCUCGACAGUACCUCCGGAAAUCAUCCAUCUAAUCGUCAACUACCUUGACAACCGCGAUCUAGUCAAGGUACUAACCCUGAACUGGACAUGGGCCCAUAUCGUCGCCGCGAAACUGUGGCAAGAGGUCCAUUUCACAUCCAGUGCCAAUAGGGUCGUCUUCCUGAUCACACGCAGUGUCCCUGCGCCGUCUGCUCUUGACUAUUCAAUCGAUGCAAGGCUUACAGGGGCAGCAGGACCAUCAAGCGGGAAAGAAGCGCUUAUUAACUCGACAACAUCAUCGAAUAACAUUGAAGAUCCAGCUGUUAACCGAGUAUCAUCCGACCAGGAACAACCUACGAAUACCAGGAGGAGAAACUCGUACCCAUGGCCAACCCUCCUCCCAUACCACUCGAUGGUCCACUCUCUUCACGUCUCGCUCUCGAACCCUGACAUGAUCCAGGACCUCUUGAAUAUGAUCCCCUGCUGUACCGAACUCCAGUCCUUCAGUCUCCACUCUGUCAUCCCGACUGAAGACCUGCUCCUCCGUGGCGUCGUCGCAUCUGCUUAUAACGACCAAUUCAACCCAAUGGGCUGCGAUGCCCUGCCCAGGGCUCUAUCAUCCUCCCCGCCGACCAUGACUGCAGCCCCACACGCUAUUCAUACCUCGGCGUCAGCAACGUCCAUAUCCUCGAUGGCAUCAUCCACUCGAUCCUACGCUUCAACAUAUACGACCAUGUCGGCACCCAUACCAUCGUAUCGCCACCCACAUUCGCACAAGAACUCGCUCAGUCUCGACCCAUUCAAUCGCACGACAACCCCAAGGGCAACGCUACAGGAAGCUGAUGACGAAACUAUCAUGGCCUCAUCGUCAUCACAGAGCGGGAUGUUGCUCAGCCUUUUAGCAAAUUCCUGUCCGAGGUUGUGCAAAUUAUGGUUCUCGGGGUUCCACCCGGUCUCGGUAUUGGGUGCACCCAUGGAUUUGAGACCUCGGCCGCCGAAAUUUGACGCGAGGGGGUUCUUUGAACACGAGCGUAAAAUUCCACAGAUUGAGAGAGAAAAGCAAAAGAUGGAGACCCAUGGAUUGGAUGUCGAACCACCCGUCGCAGAGGGUUCCCGCGCGGAUGUUCUGAUGGCAGGCAAGUCUAAGGAUUGGAUUGAUCCGGCGCAAUUGCCGCCACUUCCGCCUAUCCCACCUGUACCUGGUAUCAACAGAGCCGCCGCUGCAGCUGUGCCGAUUGUGACAAACGCAACGAGGACGAUUAUUCCACCGGCUCCGGUAGUGAGCCACCACAUCCAGUCCAAGAUCCACUCGAUCCAGUUUGUGAAUUGCACGCUGCCGCCACAAUAUCUUCUCACCAUGAUCCAAUACUCGCUGCCACAGCUCACAUCCUUGCACUUGACGCAGUGCUGGCAAGCACAACCGCUCAACGCCAUGUUUCUGAGCACAUUAGGAAAGAUCUGUCCGGGACUCAAGGAGAUUACGCUGCAUGCGACGCAGUCGCAUCGGGGACUUGUCGGCUCGAAAGAUGUGUUGUUCUUGUUAAAGAGUUUGGAGGAUCCAGAGGCGGAUGAGAUGAAGGGCCGGCGCACUUACGAAAACACGAUGGUGGGCUCAUUAGCGGAUUUCCCGCUGGGAACAUUUAGUAGCGGAAAGCACGAGUAUGGAAGAGCCGCUUCUGCGGCAUCGUCUUUGGCGCCGUCGAUCUCAUCCAUCACUGCGACCGUAGGAUCAUCAUCUUCGGUGUCCCCAUCAAAUUCCAGCUCGGGUCCUUUAUCGGCCUUGGCCACACUACCGUCUUCGGCGUCAUCGAAUUCGGACUGGAAUACUAGCAGCGGAUUGAAUAAUAUGGAUCACCAGUAUCAGCAGGACCUGGGCUCGGUGGCACAGGAGACCCCUCCUCGGUCCGCCUCUGCGCUGGAAUCGAUUUCUGUAUGGUUCACACACUCGAUCCUGGACCAGGCUAUCACAGCAGAGCUGGCGAGCCGUGAGCGACACCCGAAGCUGAAGAGGGUAGAUUUCGGGAGCGAGAGCAGCUUUGACGUGGGGGCGGAAUGUAUUCGCCAGCUAUCAGAGCAGAGGCCAGAAUUGAUCGUGUGUACUUGGGUUGGGUGCGGCGAUACUGGUGACGACCGCGAUGAUUAG